AAUGAGGAGGUCAGAGUCCUGGAGGAGCUGCUCAAGCCGCCGGAGGAUGAGGCUGAGCAUUAUAAGAUCCCCCCCCUGGGGAAGCAUUACUCCCAGCGCUGGGCCCAAGAGGAUCUACUGGAGGAGCAGAAGGACGGAGCCCGGGCAGCAGCUGCUGCCGACAAGAAGAAAGGUGUCCUGGGGCCGCUGACCGAGCUGGACACCAAAGACGUUGAUGCCCUGCUGAAGAAGUCGGAGGCACAGCACGAGCAGCCAGAGGACGGGUGUCCCUUUGGACCCCUGACGCAGCGUCUCCUGCAGGCGCUUGUGGAGGAGAACAUCAUCUCCCCCGUCGAGGACUCCCCCAUCCCCGAGAUCGCCGGCAAGGACUCAGGAGCUGAUGGUGCUGGCACAUCUCCCCGCAGCCAGAACAAGCCCUUCAGCGUUCCCCACACCAAGUCGCUGGAGGGGCGGAUCAAGGAGGAGCUGGUGGCACAGGGUUUGCUGGAGUCGGAGGACCGGCCGGCCGAGGACUCGGAGGACGAGGUGCUGGCCGAGCUGCGCAAGAGGCAGGCAGAGCUGAAGGCCCUCAGCGCCCACAACCGUGCCAAGAAGCAUGAGCUGCUGCGGUGAGUGCGUCCCCCGCGGCACCGGCAGGAGCUGCGGCAGCGCGUCCGCAUGGCCGACAACGAGGUGAUGGACGCCUUCCGCAAGAUCAUGGCUGCCCGGCAGAAGAAGCGCACGCCCACCAAGAAGGAGAAGGACCAGGCCUGGAAGACCCUGAAGGAGCGGGAGAGCAUCCUCAAGCUGCUGGAUGGGUAG